AUGGCUAGUUCAGAGUCCCUUCGCUGUGUUCCGUUGUCAGCAUGCUCCCACUUCUUCACUCCGGGCGUUCGCCCUGCGGAUGAGGCGUCACAACUGGGCGCAGCCACGGGCUGGGUGUAUCAGUUCAUGAAGCUUCUUCCGGAGGAUCAACAUACUCGUCGCCUGCUCCUUGACCAGUAUGGGCUGUAUGCCCAGCUUUCUGCGCUGAUCCUCUUCUUCCUGGCCGUGAUGUUGAGGCUGGCACUGCAGUCCUUGGGGAGGAUGGUGCCGAGGCGGGCGUUGUCCGAUGCCGAAUCGAUGCCGAGAUCGCCCGGUAUCCCGAAGCAUUAUUUUCAUCGAUCCCGAUUGUCGGCUAGGUUGUGCCGCCUCCAAUGGUGGAUGGACGAAAACAUUAAAUGCUUCGGCACCAGCAUUGGCCAGAGAGACGAGUUGGUCUUGAGCGUUCUCUGGACAGGUUGGCUGUUGUUCUUGUGCCUUCACCGUACUGGAAGCGACUACCACCAUUUAGCAAGACGAUUCGGCAUUAUUGGCGUCUCCCAAUUCCCUAUCCAGUACCUACUGGCCACAAAACGCUUCAAUCCCAUCGCGUUAGCUCUGGGCGCAUCUCACGAACGUAUCAGUCGCUGGCAUAGAGCCCUCGGCUGGACCAGCUCCUCCUUCCUUGCUGCCCACGGCCUGCUCUACAUGAACUUCUACAUCCAGGUCGGUGGCCUCGGAGCCGCCUUAUUCCGUCCCGUGCCUGUGCUCGGCAUGCUGGCACU